GAGAUGCAGUUCUGCUACUGACUAGUGCUUAUCUGUGUCCCAGCAAGGGAGUCGUUAUAUUUAUAUUAAAAUAAAUUAUUAUUUUCUGAAGUCAGAGUUUAUCUCUCUUACAUAUAAAGUUGGUCGUUCAGUUCAAUACUGCUUCUGAGGUUCAGUUAUGCUGAGUGUUUCUCAUCUGCCAGAUCAAAUAUUCUUGACAACUGCGCAAAAGGCCCGUACAAACAGGCUGUGAACAUGGCUUCCUUCACGGCAUCGAAUAUUCUGAUUGUUCUCCUGGUGACUGCCGGUGCUGCCUUGGCUGCAAAUGUUCUGGAUCCUUUAUUGCAAUCCAUCCGGAACGACAAGUGUAAAAACACUCAGGAAUUACUCACACAGCAAUUCAACAUCAAGAAUAUGGUGGCGGACUACAAUCGCACCAAGAACUGGAGGGAACUGCGCAGCAAGUUGAGCGACGUGCUGGACCACUCCAGCCCGGCCUACCGCCAGCUCAUGGCCGUGUCGGAGAGCGAGGAGUACGCGCCCUGGCAGAUCGGCUACGAUGGUCACCGCGAGCUCACCGCGGUACUGGUGCACGCCGGCCGCGGCAUUAACAUGGUGGACGGCUCGGCCGACAACCUCCUCCACGGGGCGGUCGCCGGCGGACAGCUGCCCUUGGUCGAGGAGCUGCUGGACGCCGGGGCUGGCAUAGAGUCGCGCAACUCCUGGGGGAACGCGCCCUUGGCCCUCGCCUGCAAGUACCGGAGGCUUGAGGUGGCGCGGUAUCUGUGGCGCCGUGGAGCGGACGUCGACGGCAUCGACUACAACGAGCGCUGGGCGGGGCUGGCGCGCGCCGCCGACCAAGGGUACCUGGAGAUCGCGCGGUUUAUGGUCGAGGAGGCCAGUGCCAACACGACUUUGCGGGACCGUGAUGGGUUGACGCCCUUGGAGCUGGCGCGUCGCAAGGGCCACAAUGACGUCGUUGAGUACCUGUUACAGUUUCCGCACUAGUCUCUUUGCUGACAACAUGGAGUACUUUUCACAGUUCGGCACACAACAAAACAUCAACAUUGUAGAUUAGGUACCUGUCACAGCACCUGCGCUAGUCUAUUUACCAACAUUGUGAAGUACGUGUCACAUUUACCACAAUAGUCUCUUUGCCGAAAACAUGGAGUACUUGUCAAAGUUCAGCACUUAACAACACAUCAAAAUCGUAGAUUAGGUACCUGUCACAGCAUCUGCACGGGUCUAUUUGCCGACAUCGUGAAGUACGUGUCACAUUUACCCUAAUAGUCUCUUUGCCGACAACAUGGAGUUUUGUCACAGUUCUCGCACUUAACAACACAUCAACGUCGUGAUGUAAUUGCCAUAGUACCUGCAAUAUUUCUUUGUAGAUGUCGUACAUUACCAGUCGCAGUAACCCAAAUGAACUACACAAUUAUAUCUUGGUGUAACAUUCACAGUACCUGUACUAGUUUAUGUAGAGACGUUGUGGAAUUUCUGUCAAAGUAUCCGCACUAAACUACACAUCUACUUCGUAGAAUAACUGUCACAGUACCAGCACUAGUAUCUUUGCCAAUGUCGUUUAGUAUAGUUUACAGUAUACAUAAUAAACUCUACGGUGACAGUGUUGAGUAUUAUUAAAUGGGACUAUACUUUCCUUGUCAAAAGAUUAAAAAUAGAGAAUUUACAAUGAAUAAGAAAAAAAUUCAGCAUUGUAAUUGGUCACUAUAAGUAAAGCGUUAUUCAAAUACAUUUUAGACAUUUUUUACUACUGAUGAACUCACUGAUCCUCAAAAAGUAUAAACAAAUGACAACCAUUCUUAAAUUUAAAAUAGUUUAAGCAUUUUUUUCCUUCAUGUAGCAUCUCUUAAGAGAGAGAGAAAAAAUUAUACCAAAGACUGCUAUUAGUAUAGAUGCAGUGUUUAUAUGCAGAGGGCCACUUAAAUAACACCUAACACGGGAAUAAAUCUAAUUUUCCUCAAAACUUAAAUAUUUUUGCAAGUAUUCAAUUGACACACAUUUUCCAUACUAUGACGUUUCCAUUAAUCUUGCCCAAAAAAGUCUUCUUUUAAAAUGAUUGGAUAAAUUACCAUAUACAUCUUUAACAAUAUAAUUAGUAAAGCUACCGAAUUAAAAAUUAAUUGCCGCAUAAUUCAUGCAAAGAAAAAUUUUCUUAAUAUGUGCCAUUGCACUUUGUAACGUUGCAUGUACUCAACCUGUUGUCAUGUUUUUUAUUUUUUUAUUAUUUUUUUUGCAAACUGGACAUCAUGUAGGCUCAUUAUUGUGAAUUUUGAAAAUAAUUUCUUGGUUAUGUAAGUUUUGUAUUUUAAUAAUUACUAAAUGUUAAUUGGGAGAAAUGAGAAACCUAUAUUUAAUCUAAAGUGAAGUGCUUCAAGAUAUAUAUUUUUUUAACAAAAUACAUUAAUUUAUAAGAACAUUAAUUUAAAGGAAUUUAUAAAAAAUAAGUAUUUGUUUUAAACACUAAUAUUUAAUUACCUUAACCUUUUUCAUUUACUUGAGAUGUAUUAGUGAUAAUUUUGGAACUAAACCUGUAUUGUUUACAUUUUUGCUCACCAAGUUUGACGUCUUGUGUCAAUAUCUAUAGUGUAGCUUCUUAAGGAGAUGAUAUAUUUGCCUCCUUCUUCUUCCUAAUUGGUCAGCCAUUAUGUAAACACCUUCAUUAACUACUUCUGUUUUAAUCCGCUGGAUUAUGCGGUAAAUUUACUACCACCUACCACCUUUUGGGGUGAGUUUUCUUUCUUGAUUAUGGGGAAUCAUGUUAGUUAUUUAUUUUUUGCCAAUGUUUUAAUUUUGGUGAUUUUUGUUAAUUCUUUAAGCGGUCCUUGUGAGUGGCGUGAGACAUCCGGGCAAUGCUUGAGGUAGUCCAAUAAGUACGGGACAGGAGUGAGCCUUGUCUCUUCCGCUAUUGGCACCAGGAUGCAGCCUUCUAAAUAAGGAAAGUUUUCCUUUUCAUCUUUCGGCUUUCCGCAUGUUUCGGGAUAAAGUGUAAUCUGAUUUCGGCAUCAUCGGCUCUAUAACGUAAAAAUAUAAAUCAGUCGCUUCAUUAAUAAAUAAUAAUAAAAUUAAUCUUUUUAGUUACUAAUCUCAAAAAUGUUUUUGUAUUUUUUGUAUUUGCCACUGGUGUAACCAACCAUGUGCCUAUUGUCUUAAUAUUUUUUAUUAUAGUACGGGGCCCCAAGCUUGUAAGUUUAAUAAUUUAUUGUUUUCAAAUAUUGAAUACUCAUUAUCUUUGUAACUUAAGUAUGUGCAUUAUGAUUAUAUUAUUUUUAUUAAAAAAUAAAAAAAGAAAGAAUUUAAAUAAGAAUAAAAUGGCCUGAACCGAGAUUUAAGAUUAUUAUUUCUUGUAAAAUCAGUUACUUUUAUGUAAUAUAAUUUAAUAAAUAUUUGUGGUAUUCGGUUGGUUGUAAGAGCCACGUGAUGAGUCAGUCAGCAUUUUCUCUCUACUUGUAUACCUACCUCUACACAUAAAGCAGUGUCAUUGAACCUAAGAAUGCAGAGUCUUUCAUUGUGUUUUACCUUGGUGAGGUUUGGUAAACCGAACCAAGAGUAAAAUUAACGGCAGAAAAUGGUAGCAGAGCAUGGUUCUGGCAUGUUGCUUUGUUGUGUUUCUUGUGCAGGAUAUUUUUCCUUGCAUGCAGCCCUGCUUCAGAGAUUUGCAUGGCUUG